UGGAACUAUGGUGAGGGACUAGUUUAGUAAUUUUCCCAUUUUCUCCCCUCCAAAAAGUUAAACUCGGCUUUUGAACUGGGAUAACUGUGGCGUUGACUAAAGUCGCUGACCGUGAAAAUGAGGCUCCAGCUCGGCCUCCGCCGCCUCCACUUUCUCAGCCGCCGGGACCACUGCAAUCACCACCGCCGAGGGUUCGCCACCAAAUACAGCGGAAGAGUAGUAGUAGAAACCGACAACGGCCGUUCAUUUGCCGUAGAAGUCGACAAUCCUAUCCUCCAAACUGACGUGAGAGGCUAUCCACUCCCCCGCCGCGAUCUCAUCUGCAAAGUCGUCAGCAUCCUCCAAUCACCACCCUCCACGGCAUCCUCCUCCUCCUCCGAUGAUCUCUUCAUGGAUCUCUCCGACUACCUCGAAACACUAAACGUAAUGAUUACUCCUUCCGAAGCCUCCGAAAUCCUUAAAUCCCUAAAACCACCGAAUUUAGCCCUAAAAUUCUUCCAAUUUUGCUCCUCCGAAAUACCUGAUUUCCGCCACAACUCCUUUACAUACAACAGAAUUCUCCUGAUUCUAUCCAAGGCAUAUCUCCCCAACCGCCUCGACCUCGUUCGGAAUAUUUUAAACGAAAUGGAUCAAUCCGCAACACGUGGCAGCAUCUCCACCGUUAAUAUAUUGAUCGGAAUUUUCAGCGACGGCCAAGAAUAUGGAGGAAUUGAUGAAUUGGAGAAGUGUUUGGGGUUAGUUAAAAAAUGGGAAUUGAGUUUGAAUUGCUAUACGUAUAAAUGUCUCAUGCAAGGGUAUUUGAGGUUGAAUGAUUCGAAAAAGGCGUUGGAAGUUUACAGAGAAAUGACGAGGCGUGGAUAUAAGUUGGAUAUUUUUGCUUAUAACAUGCUUCUUGAUGCUCUUGCAAAAGAUGAAAAGGUUGACCAGGCUUAUGACGUUUUCAAGGACAUGAAACAAAAGCACUGUGAGCCUGAUGAGUAUACAUACACAAUUUUGAUAAGAAUGACUGGAAAUUUGGGAAAAUCAAAUGAAUCACUGGGUUUAUUUCAGGAAAUGCUAUCACGGGGUUGUUCACCAAAUUUAAUUGCUUACAAUACUAUGAUGCAAGCGCUGUCUAAGAGCCAGAUGAUUGACAAGACUCUCUUUCUAUUCUCGAAGAUGGUAGAAAACAAUUGCCGGCCCAAUGAAUUCACAUAUACUGUCAUUUUAAAUGCUUUAGCUGCAGCAGGUCAGCUGGGUAGACUUGAUGAGGUGGUGGAAAUAUCACGCAAGUACAUGAACAAGUCAAUUUACGCAUAUCUUGUGAGAACAUUGAACAAACUAGGCCAUGCAAGUGAAGCCCACAGAAUGUUUUGCAACAUGUGGAGCUUCCAUGAUAGGGGAGACAAGGAUGCUUAUAUGUCCAUGUUAGAGAACUUGUGCCGUGCUGGGAAGAUGACAGAGGCAAUUGACUUGCUGAGCAGGAUGCAUGAAAAGGGUAUAAGUACAGACACCUUCAUGUAUAACAUGGUCCUAUCUGCUCUAGGGAAAUUAAAGCAGAUUGCCCAUAUCAGUGAUCUGUUUGAAAAAAUGAAAAAAGAUGGUCCUUCACCGGAUAUAUUCACUUACAACAUUCUGAUCUCUAGCUUUGGCAGAGCUGGGCAAGUUGAAGAAGCUGUCAAAAUCUUUGAAGAGCUUGAGGAUAGCAAUUGCCAACCUGAUAUCAUAUCCUACAACUCGUUAAUAAAUUGUCUUGGUAAGAAUGGAAAUGUUGAUGAAGCACAUGUGAGAUUGAGAGAGAUGCAAGAGAAGGGUUUGAAUCCUGAUGUCAUCACAUAUAGCACCAUUAUUGAGUGCUUUGGUAAGAUGGAUAAAAUUGAGAUGGCUUGUCAGUUGUUCGAUGAGAUGCUCGCAGAAGGCUGUUCUCCAAAUAUUGUGACAUACAAUAUCUUACUUGAUAGUCUUGAGCGGUGUGGGAGAACUGCAGAAGCAGUGGAUUUGUAUGCAAAACUUAAACAACAGGGUUUAACACCUGACUCAUUAACUUAUUCCAUUAUUGAACGAUUGCAAAGUGGUUCACAUAAGACUCUUAGAAUUCGCAGGAAAAAUCCAAUUACUGGUUGGGUUGUUAGUCCAUUAAGGUGAUGGAACACAAAUAUGAUGUCUGAAUUGGAAGCUGGAAGUACUCUCCUGCUUUGUUCUCACCAAGAGGCUGCUUGCAGGAGUCAGAUUGUGAGGCGGAGAUAGAUAGAUGUUCUAAGCAUGCUCUUCCCCUUGCCACCAAAGAGCUUUGCAGCAUGAGGAGAAAUUGGACGGGGUCGAAUUGGUCUCCAUGACUACAAAGAGAAGGCAGUCUAGUAUCAGCAAAAGGUCCUCAGUUCUGAAGAACAACAAUUUGGAGAAAAAAGUUACUAGCUUGAAAAAGCAUAACUGGAUGCACCAUGCAACGGCAGCAUGGAAGAAAGCAACUUCUGCCAAAAGGAAGCAGAAUUCAUACACCAAUUUUGUCCAACACUUGGACCGUGGACGAAAGUUUCUUGGCAAGCGUCUUUUGGCACCAAGAUGUGUCUUCUGUCAGGGUUGCAGCAGGAAAUGGUUGCCCAUCCAAUUCAUAACUUGUACUUGAAUGUACAGCCUAGUAACAAAAUUUGCAGCACUAUCAAGCUGGCUGUUUUUUGUCCCACUAAUUGCAAUGUGGUCAUGAUUAUUGAGUGACCUUGAGAGUUAAUUCCUGGACAUGUCACAUGCAGAAUGGAACAAAAAGUUUUGA